AUGUCGUCGCACUCAAAUAUGGACACCACCCACGACGGCCACGGCCUCCAUAGAUAUCACCAGCAGCAGCACGCCCCCGCGCCGUACUACCUCGCCCACGCCCAAGCCGGGCUCGAGCCGCUGACGACGUCGAUCCCCCACCCGACGUUCGCGCGCGCGCACCCGCAGCCCCCCCAGCCGUGGAUGCUCAACGUCAACGUCCCCGCGAGCUACGGCCACAGCCACCACGCCCACGGGCACCAACAGCAGCAGCCCGUCGCGAGCGCGUCGCUCCCCGACCGCCCCGCCUUCUUCCCUGGGGCCGCGGACGCGCAGCAGCAGCAGCAGCUGGUGAGUUACCCCGAGUCCUCCCAGCGCACGCAUCUCCACGACGCCGCCGCGUACGCCGCGCUGUACCCCUUCGCGGGCUACGCCCUCGCCGGCCCCGCGCCCCCGUCCCCGCCCCACGGCCACGGCCACUACGCGGGCGCGCCGGCGGACGAGCUCCAGAACGCGCUCGACUCGCACGCGCUCGCCCGCCCCGUCCCCGCCCCCACCUUCCGGCAGGGCCCGCUGCCCGCCCGCCGGACGUCCUUCCCACUCCCGAGCCAUCACCAACAACACCAGCAACACCAGCAACAGCAGCAGCAGCAGCAACAACAGUACGCGAACAGCAGCGCGCUCUACAGCCCCGGGGCCGGCGCGCGCUACGCCCCCACCCCGCUCUCGUCCUCCCCGCCCGCGUACACGCCCGCGUUCGCCCUGGGCGGGUCCCCCGGGUCGCCGUUCGGCGCGGCGGGCCUCGACGGCGCGCAGGCGCACACGCACACGCACACGCACACGCUGACGUCGGCGCACCGGCGGGAGUCGUUCGACGGCGCGGGCGCGGGCGCGAUGGAGCCGAUCAGCCCGUCGAGCGUGCCCGGGCUCGUGUUCGACGAGGACGGGUUCGAGGACGACCGGGAGUCGGAGGGGUCGUCGCUGCCGUCGGCGGCGUCGGAGGUGCAGCGGCGGGACGUGGACUGGUACCACGCGCCGGUCGCGCAGGCGCAGGCGCCGCACCACCAGCUCGAGCCGCACCCGCACCCGCACCAGGCGCAGGGGAGCCCGGAGCCGGAGCGCGAGCAGGGGAGCCCGGUGACGCCGCCCGGGGAGGGGGUGGGGGAGCGGCGGGGGCCGGCGAAGAAGAGCAAGAUGCACCAGUGCACGGUCUGCUUCAAGAUGUUCCCGCGGCCGAGCGGGCUCGCGACGCACAUGAACUCGCACUCGGGCGCGAAACCGUUCAAGUGCCCGAUCCCGACGUGCACAAAGUCGUUCGCGGUCCGGUCGAACGCGAAGCGGCACCUGCGCACGCACGGGAUCUUCCCCUCGGCGGAGCACGGCUCGAGCUCGCCCUCGCAGUUCACCGUCGGGUUCGAGACCCCGCUCGUGUCCGAGGUGCACGAGGCGGGGCGGCUCCCGCCGAAGCUGCGCUGGGUGCCGCCCUCGCUCUCGACGCGCACCAACGCCGGGGUGCUCCCGCGCACGGCCUCGCCGCACCGCUCGCCGCGCACCCCGCCCUCGCCGUCCUCCGCGCACUCGCACUCGCGCGGGGCCACGGGGGGCAGCGGGUCCGGGAGCGGGAGCGUGGGCGACGGCUCGGACUCGGAGGACGAGUACUUCGCGGCGUCGUGCCCGCUGCUGCCCGUGCCGCUGCCCGCGGUCGCGCCGGCGCAGUGGGGCCCGGACCCGGACGCGUACGAGGAGCGGAACUCGUACGCGCAGGCGGACGCGUCCCCGUACAUCUCCACCACGCACUGGCGCUCGCUCCCCGGGCCUGCGAUCGCGUCCCCGCCAGGGUUCUGA